GGCGGGCUCUAUCGGAGCAGGAGUUCCCUCAGGCUGUGGGAAGGAGGAUUAACGUUAAUGGUGGUCUCUUACUGUCGAAUAAUGAGAGCAAGUAACGCGUAGCUCCGAGCCGUAAUCGAUGCCGAAUGUAGCUGGACAAAGUUCAGCUGAAGAUUUGUAAGGAGAACUGACGGAUCUUUGGCUAAAAAAAAAAUAAAUAUCAAUAUCUCAGGUGUGUGUGUGUGUGUGUGUGAGUGAGUGACUGACUGUGUGUGUGAGUGAGUGACUGUGUGUGUGUGUGUGUGUGUGUGAGAGUGAGUGAGUGUGUGUGUGUGUGUCGCGGAAUAAGCCUCGGUUCAGAGAGGAUCUGAGAGGAAAAGGACAGAAAAGAGGAAGACUGUAAUGAAGCGUCCUCAACGGAUUGGACUGUAACCGAGGGACACUGGAGACACCGCACGCGCUGUUUGUAGCCUGUUUUGCUUUGCUGGCUAGCGCUUGUUCGCUAGCUAGCUAGCUGACAACCACAGGCUAACUAGCAUAACUGACUAGCAUAACUAAUUGACUGAGUGGGUAACUAACUAACGAACUUACUGAUUGACCGAUUGAGUGUUUUAUUUACGCUGAAUGAGCGGGUCUCUGCGUUAUGGUUAUAAAUAGCUAGCUGAGACAAGCUAGUGCGCGCGCUGGAAAUCAGGAAUCGACUCGUAUGUUGAUUCGGAAUCAGAGAUCUGAGGUGUGAGAAGAGCCGAACUGAGGGAUCUCCGUCCUUCCUUUCCUUCCUUCCUUCCUUCCUGACCCCCGGCCUGCAGUCAUGGGCAACGCGCCCACCGCCAAGAACAAGGGCAGCGAGAUGGAGAGCGUGAAGGAGUUUCUCGCUAAAGCCAAAGAAGAUUUCCUUAAGAAAUGGGAGAAUCCAGCACAGAACACGGCGUCUCUGGACCAGUUUGAGAGACUGAAGACGCUGGGCACGGGCUCCUUCGGCCGAGUCAUGCUGGUCAAGCACAAAGAAACGGGGCAGCACUUCGCCAUGAAGAUCCUCGACAAACAGAAGGUGGUGAAGCUGAAACAGAUAGAACACACACUGAAUGAGAAACGCAUCCUGCAGGCCGUGAGCUUCCCCUUCCUCGUCCGGCUGGAACACUCCUUCAAGGACAACACAAACCUGUAUAUGGUGAUGGAGUACGUUCCAGGAGGAGAGAUGUUCAGUCAUCUGAGGAGAAUCGGCAGGUUCAGUGAGCCUCAUGCUCGCUUCUACGCUGCCCAGAUAGUUUUAACCUUCGAAUACCUUCACUCACUCGACCUCAUUUACCGAGAUCUUAAGCCUGAGAACCUGCUCAUCGAUCAGCAGGGCUAUAUUCAGGUUACAGAUUUUGGCUUUGCCAAGCGUGUAAAGGGUCGGACCUGGACGCUGUGCGGCACUCCUGAGUACCUGGCUCCUGAAAUCAUCCUCAGUAAAGGCUACAAUAAAGCAGUGGACUGGUGGGCUCUGGGUGUGCUGAUUUACGAGAUGGCUGCUGGAUAUCCCCCGUUCUUCGCUGACCAGCCUAUUCAGAUCUAUGAGAAGAUCGUCUCAGGCAAGGUGCGCUUCCCCUCCCACUUCAGCUCAGACCUGAAGGACCUGCUGAGGAACCUUCUCCAGGUGGACCUGACCAAGCGCUUCGGCAACCUCAAGAACGGCGUCAACGACAUCAAGGGCCACAAGUGGUUCGCCACCACCGACUGGAUCGCCAUCUAUCAGAGGAAGGUCGAAGCCCCCUUCAUCCCAAAGUGCAAAGGUCCAGGCGACACCAGCAACUUUGACGACUACGAGGAAGAGGAAAUCCGGGUGUCUUUUACAGAAAAAUGCGCAAAGGAGUUUGCAGAGUUCUAGAGCCAGCCAGAGGUGGAGAGAGAGAGCGACGGAGCGAUACGGACAGUGGAGGGCAGGGACAGGGAGAGAGAGCGAGAGGAGAGAGAGAGAGAGAGAGAGAGAGAUAGAGAUGAUGGACUGGAGUUUGUUUCCAGUAAACAAAACGAACAACAUUAAUGUAGAGGCCCCAUCUCCCCCACCACCACCCCACCCCCCAAUUGUAUACACUCACAAACACGGGGUGGGGGAGGGGGUGCUAUUAAAUACGUCCCAAGAAA